AUGGACAGCACCAAGCUCGUCGCCGACGGCCACGUGAAGAAUGGCAAAGAGGAGCCCCAGAACCCGCUCGAUGCUCGUGUCGGCGUGCUCUGGACCAAGCUCAACCUGAAUCGGGAAGACGAGCUCGAUCUCAAGGGCAUGAAGAAGGGAUUUCACAUCAUCGACCACCGUAAGCUACCCACCCACUGCGGGGCUGGCGGGGAGACGAGACGGAAGCCGAUGCUGAUGAAAAUGAUGCGUGAAGCCCUGAAGAACGCCGACGAUCUGCUCAAUCAAAUCUUUCGCGAGGUCGACACCAAUCACGACGGCAGAAUUCAAUAUGAAGAGUUUCGCACAUUCGUCGAGCAUGCCGACAGGGAGCUGAACCGCCUCUUCAAGGCCAUUGACAAGGAUGGUAACGGAAAGCUCGACAUGAAGGAGCUCCAGACGGCCUUUCGAACCGCAGGCCUGACCGUCUCCAACCGCCGACUGGCUGAAUUCUUCCAAGAUAUGGACAAGAACCUUGACGGAUAUGUCAGCUUCGAGGAAUGGCGGAACUUCCUCCUCUUCAUGCCGGCGCGAGAACAUGACUCUCACCUCCGUGCUGUGCUCUCGUACUACGAGUCCGUCGUCAACGUCACGCCCGAGGGAGACUCUACCGUCAGCGGCGAAACUUUGGAAGGUCUAGGUACGGGACGCUCCUCCUCCUACCCUGUUGUUCAAUCCCUCUUUGGCUCCCUCCUCCGAGUUGCCUUUCCCUCCGAAUACCCGACCAACACGAUACCCACACCACCCACGAUACCCCAAAACCCUUGGAUAGAAAAAAAAGCAGAAAAAGCAAAUGUCGAGACGGAGGUGUUUCCGUCGCAGAUACAGGCCAUGGAGGUUGCAGCCGACCUGGCUGCCGACACCAUCUUCCACGCGGCCGCCGCAGGUAGCUGCGCUGCGCAGGACACCCCGGACGUCGGCGAUGGCACCCUGGAGGAGCAUCUUGGAGAGUCACAGUCUUUCGGCACUGCCGCUGUCAGCCAAAGAAAGUUUAGACUGACAGAUUAUUCCCCCGAUCCAGGUUACUUCCUUGCGGGUGCCAUCGCCGGGGGAGUGUCGCGGACGGCCACUGCGCCCCUCGACCGACUCAAGGUCUACCUGCUCGUCAAUACCCGCGUCAGCUCCGAGACGGCCGCCGUGGCCCUCAAGCAGGGCCGACCCAUCGCCGCCGUCAAGAACGCAGUCCGCCCCUUCGGCGACGCCGUCCGGGAGUUGUUCCACUCCGGCGGCCUUCGCGGCUUCUUUGCCGGCAACGGCUUGAACGUGGUCAAGAUCAUGCCCGAGACGGCCAUCAAGUUUGGGUCGUACGAGGCCGCCAAGCGAGCCCUCGCCAACUUCGAAGGCCACGGGGACCCGAGGAGGAUCAACUCGUAUUCGAAAUUCACCGCAGGCGGCCUCGCGGGAAUGAUUGCGCAGUUUUGCGUCUAUCCGCUCGACACGUUAAAGUUCCGGCUCCAGUGCGAGACGGUCAAGGACGGCCUCACGGGGAGCGCCCUCGUUCGCCAGACGGCCGUCAAGAUGUACGCCGACGGCGGCGUCCGAGCCUGCUAUCGAGGCGUCACCAUGGGACUCAUCGGCAUGUUUCCCUACAGCGCCAUCGACAUGGGCAUGUUCGAGCUCCUGAAGAAGACGUACCGGUCCUACUACGCCGAGUACGCGGGCUGCCACGAGGACGAUGCGAACCCGGGCAAUAUCGCGACGGGAAUCAUCGGCGCCACGUCGGGCGCCAUUGGUGCCACUGUUGUCUACCCCCUGAAUGUCGUCCGGACACGCCUGCAGACCCAAGGGACCGUCAUGCACCGGGCGACCUACACGGGCGUCUGGGACGUCACCCAGAAGACGGUCGCGCGGGAAGGCAUUCGCGGGCUCUACAAGGGGCUGACGCCCAACAUGCUCAAGGUUGCUCCCGCGCUGAGCAUCACCUGGAUCGUCUACGAGAACUCCAAGACCUUCCUCGGUCUCAACUGA